AUGGCACAAAACGAUUUGACGAAUGCGAACAAUCGUAAGCAACAGCUCGAGAGCGAGUUGCUGGCCGUACGCUCGGAACUGCGUGAUCAGAAGCAACAAUUCCAUGACGCCAGCAGCCGUAUCACGGAUCUGCAACGACAACUGCAAGACGCAAAUAAUGAUCGUAGUCGUUUGAACGACCGAAUCAGCGGACUCGAGAAGGUUUUAAAGUAUUUUGAGGACAUUUCCGAGAUUAUCUUCGAACGCCUCAGUAAAACAUCGGAAACCUUUUGCCAGAAUCUCCGACAGGAGCUGAGCGAUUUCGAUGUAGUCUUCAAAGAGACCAUUGCCACCCUGAGAAGCACAGAAAGUGAUUUGCGUCAACAAUUGAGUACGGCUCAAAAUGAGCGUAAGAUGCUGCAAAAUGAGCUGGAUGAUUUGCGAAGACGUUUGGGACAAUGCGAAUUGGAGCACAAGACAGCCCAUCUCAAAAUUGAAGAGCUCACUCAAAUCCGCAUAACACUCAUCAAGAAGAUUGAAGUUUUGGAAGUGGAGAAGCGCUCAGCUCAAGCCGUCAUCAACGAGACUGCAUCGCAACGUGCCGAAAUUGAACGCUCACUAAACGCGUUGGAACGUGAGAAUAAAGAGUUGAAUCGUAACUGCGUCAACCUGCAGCAACAGAUCGCUCAACUCGAAUACGACAGUGGCAAUCGCCUGAUUGAGUUGGCCAAUAAGCAACGUGACGAGCGUCAGAAGUUGGUGAACUCGUUGAAGGUGGAGAAGACGCAGGUGGAACGUGCGUUCCAGAAUCGUGAUCGCUCCUACAAGAGUCGUGUACAACAACUCGAGAGUCAGUUGGCGAUGCUACGUGAUCAACUGAAUGCCGAGCGCAUGAGAAGCCGUAGUGCUGCCACAACAUCGUUGAAUUAUGUGACGGAUGUUUCGCGAGUGGGUGGCAGCAGUUUCAGUGGUGGUUUGUAUUCAAGCGGAUUAUCGAGAGCCGCUUAUCCGCAAACGGAUAGUUUCGAUUAUGUGAUUGGAAAGUGA